AACCAUGUGGCUGCUCAGUAUGACUACGGAGACUACAAUACAGCAACUGCAAGCCCUGCGUAUCCAAGCUAUCCAGAUUAUAAUACCGGCACGGAUAUAAAUUAUCCCGGCACGGAUUAUCAAACGAUCGGAACACCAGACUACAACUACGUGAACCCUACCACAGGAGUAAAUGGUGGCGUUGAUCCUGGCCUGUAUCCCAAUUAUGAUAAUUACGACGUUAUCACGCAGCCUCCUGUGGUGGUUAAUCCCACUACGAUUUCAGGAUCAUGUAAUCCCGUACCACGUACUAUCGUUAACUGGUACUUAGGACCGCCACGAUCUCCAUCAUUGCGUCGUCAGUUUGCUCCGAUGAGACAUCAACGCAUUUAUACGGAGUACAAGUUUCCUUGGAAUAGAGUCUAUGGUGUAUCACAGUACCGUGCUCGUCCACGCAUUGCACCUCGAAGACAACAGAUUGCCAAGUACAGAUACGGAGCUUACCGGAGGGGAGGCGGUGCCGCCCAGGUCAUGCGAUAUUUUUGGCGAUUUUAAUUUUAUUUGGUUCAACUUAAUACUAGUACACGAUCGAAGUUUGACAUAUAA